ACAAUAACGAGUGGGGAAAACAAAUAGCCUUCCAUUUUUAGCUAACAUUUUGUCACAUUUUGUAGAAGUUCAGUCGCUCCUUGCGGGGUGUUAAAAAAAGUUCAUAUUGCUGAAAACAAUGUCUUCCCUUCCUUACACAUCCCAACGUCUAUAUUUCGACGGGAAAGUCCAGCAGUCCAGCUCUGGCAAGCGAUUCCAGUCGAUUGACCCCUCCAACGCUUCGGUUCUCGCAGAUAUUGAAGUUUCGUCGAAUAGAGACGUCGAUGCGGCCAUUGAUUCGGCCCGGAGAGCUUUCCCUGCCUGGUCCCAGACUCCGCCUGCCGUGAGAACCAGAGUCCUCCUGCGGGCUGCCCAAAUACUUCGGGCUCGAAACGAUGAGAUCGCCAAGAUCGAGACACAAGAUACGGGGAAGCCGUUCUCGGAGACGAGCACGGUAGACAUCGUUACUGGGGCAGAUGUGCUUGAAUACUUUGCAAACCUGGUGGGCGGAGGAGGAUUGAAUGGUGAAACCAUCCAGCUACGGGACGAUGCCUGGGUAUACACGAAGAAAGAAGCCUUGGGCGUGUGUGCCGGUAUUGGAGCGUGGAAUUAUCCCAUUCAAAUUGCUCUAUGGAAAUCCGGACCCUGUCUAGCUGCUGGGAACACCAUGGUCUAUAAACCUAGCGAGUUCACACCUCUUCAUGGCCUAAUCCUUGCACAAAUAUACACAGAAGCUGGCCUGCCUCCCGGAGUCUUCAAUGUCGUCUACGGCGCCGGGGAUGUGGGUGCAUACCUUACCGCCCACCCCUCCAUCGCCAAAGUUUCCUUCACCGGCCAAGUGUCCACGGGGAAAAAAGUCGCCGGCUCCGCCGCCGGUAACAUGAAAUAUGUAACGAUGGAACUAGGCGGCAAAAGCCCGCUAAUCAUCCUUCCAGACGCGGACAUUGAUAACGCCGUCGACGGCGCCAUGAUGGCCAACUUCUUCAGUACAGGUCAGGUAUGCACAAAUGGAACCCGCGUCUUCGUUCCCAAAAGCAUCAAGUCCGCCUUUGAAAAUCGCCUACUAGAAAAAAUGAAGUAUGUCCGUGCUGGAGCACUCAUGGACCUCAACACCAACUUUGGGCCUCUCGUCUCGGGCCCCCAUUUCGAGAAAGUCAUGAGCUACAUCCGCCAUGGCAUUGAGCAGGAUAAAGCCAAGCUCCUAUACGGCGGUCUGGAGCAGCCCCGUGUCCCUGAAGAUUUGCGACAAGGUUACUGGGUAGCGCCCACGAUCUUCACAGACUGCACGGAUGACAUGAAGAUUGUUCAGGAAGAGAUUUUCGGCCCAGUGAUGUCGAUCCUUACGUACGAUACGGUUGAGGAGGCUGUAAGGAGGGCCAACGACACGCCACUGGGCCUGGCGGCUGGCGUCUUUUCACAGAAUCUCAAUAUGGCGCAUAGAGUGAUUGCGCAGCUAGAGGCAGGGAUUACAUGGAUUAACUCGUGGGGAGAAAGCCCGGCAGAGAUGAGUGUUGGCGGCUGGAAACAGAGCGGUGUUGGAGUUGAAAAUGGGCGGCGAGGGAUUGAGGCAUGGGUGAAGAAUAAGAGUACGCUUGUUGACAUGAGCGGUGGGGUUGCGACCGCAUUUACGAAAUUGUGAGUGUAGUGUAGGCGCAUUUGGCACUGAAACUCUAAAUUGAGUAUUAACAAACGUGCUUCUUGGUAUUCUAAAUUCUAAAUAUAUGUAGAUAUAAAAUAAAAUUAAAUAAUUCGAAACACGCCUAAACAAAAGCACACCUUCUCCCUCUCUUAAUCUGUAGACGCUGGGAUUUUGCCGAGUAACUACUUGAUUCUGAUCUUGUGUACUUGAAACUAGUAAAUUUAUAGAUACAUGAAAAUAUUUUUUUAGGUUGAUAAACACAGAAGACCAAUGGCAAGCAACAUAGUCAUACAUACUAUAAAUGCAUAUAGAAUGGAGGAGG